AUGAAUAUCGGCGAACUCGAGGUCCGCAGCGGCGCCAGCCGCCAUACCCUGCGCUACUACGAGAAGAUCGGCCUUAUCGCACCAUUGCGGCGAAACAACAAUUACCGUGUUUACACACCACAAACCCUGCAGGAUCUUGGAUUUAUCCAGCGCGCACAAAGCAUGGGAUUUUCUCUUGCGGAAAUAGGCGAAAUUCUGGACGCUCAGAGAAACAAGUCAAUCGAUUGUGCCGAGGGUGCCAAGUUGAUUGAAAAGAAAAUGCUGGAAAUCAGAAAGAAAAUCACUGAGCUCAAAAGCAUUUAUCGGUAUUUGGACGAGGAGCGUGCAAAUCUCGAGGCCAGUGCUGCCAAGCAACUUGAGCUUCAGCGACUCAACAACGCCUUGAA